GUUACAGCAGUACAAGGGUGUGGUGAAUGCACAUUGUGUUGCAAUAGUAACGAGAUGGAAUCCAUGCACGGGUUGAAGUUCACAACGACAGACCGCAGAUGACGAGAUGAGUACUGCGCGGCUUUCACCAUCUUGCUCAAUGAACUAUCGGCUACAGAACAGAGCAUAGCAGUAACGCUAGAAUUAGCAACAACACACGUCUAUCAUCAUCUUUCGCUUGAGAGCCGACUUCGUCAACAAUGGCAGCGUACAAGCAGGAGGCUGAAAGAAUGCACCUCUUGCGGCGAUUGCCCGGUCAGUCAAGCGUAGCCCAAGGCCUACACCUUAAGCCGCGGGAACAGUUGCAGGCGGAACACCACCGUCCGCCUCAGCUUACUCACACUCUCGUCCAGAGACAUUACUUUCCUGCGGAGGGGGCUAUCCAAGAUGGCGUUGGUGAGGAGAUGGUUACGGACACGAAGAGCAGCAAGUUGGACGACAAUCGGCUCUCGGAAUACCAUCGUCUAGUUCGGCGCCGGGCCGCCGCGACCAGCAAAGCGAUUAAAGCAGAGCAGAACGCCAAGUCUAUGGAGGCAGAAGCCGCCCGCAAUCGCCUACAAACUGCGAAGGAUUACGGUGUGUUUUGGAGCGCGGUAGCACCACAGAUACAUGCACGGGCGAGCAAGCGUGAGGUACGCCUGUCAGGUCAUGCAUCGUGUCAUAUUCAGGCAAGAGAGCCUUUGAAGUCGGAGGCAGUAGCACCCAAACCGGUAUCGACGGGGGCAGCAACAGGGCAGGGGCCAGCAGCGAAGAAGGCAGCAGCUCCGAUGGCGUCUGGGUUAAAGGAGCUAACGCUGCCUGAGCCAGCUAAGCCAGCGCCGCCAAAGGGCAUGGCAUCGGCUGAGGAGGCACUGGUGACACUUUCGACCCCAAUUCAUCCGGACGAGGCGGGCGAGGAAGGGUCAGAGCAAAGGAACACCACCGGGGUGCAGCAGGCUCUGUCUACCGCCAGUCUUCCCCAUGGCGAACAGGAUGGGCACCGAGCGCAUGCCGACCCUGGCGCUGAGGUGCAAUCGCCCGACACUGCUGCGGCCGUGCCGGUGCUGCCCGCCAGCCGUGCCGCCCGGCAACGGCUCCUCAUGUACUGCAGCACCUCGGACUUCAAGUCAGCCGGCGCCCAGGGGCCAGCGGCCUCCGCUUGGCCUGCCGAGUACCGCCCCGCGACCGCCAUGCCCCUCCAUCCGGAAGUGCUCGACCCCCAACCGCCGGUGAUGAAAGCCAGGGUUCUGCAGCCGGUCAACGGAUCCGCCGGCAGCCCACCCCCAGCCAAACUACACAAAGGGAAGCCGCUGCCCGUUGCAAUCUCCGUCAAGGAUGACGUCGGCCUUGCGCGAGUCUCCCGCAAGAUUGCCGACCUGGGCGGCAAGCUGGUGCUGCCGCGCCUGUGCGCCUGCCCCAACAGCGCCAACCCAUGCGACCCCAACUACGUCACCAAGUGCGCGCGCAACUGCCCGCUGUACAUGCAGCCCGCACGCUACGAGGCGCUGUUUACGGCAAUGCUGCGGGCUGCAGACGUCAUCUGAUGUCCGGGGCAUGGGACGAUGAAGCUAGUGCGAUGCAGGGCUGUCAUGCGUGUCUGUCCCGUCCAGACAGGAGGCCAGGACACCCUCUUGUCUCCUUCUUGGGAGUUGUUGAACCAGGGUGCUGGCACGUUAGGCGGAAGAAGAAGUGAUUGCACAGUUGCUCUACUCAACCUACAUGCAAUUCGUGUCAACGGUGGACGUGUACAUGUCGCUGCGCUGCUGAAUUGACGUUGUGCGGCUGCAUUUGUAGGAGAGAUUGGGUUAAGCACGCUUGUGAAUGCAUGUGGUCUCAAACUCAGCACGUACCUGGGUGAUGUGGGGUAAGGUUACUCAUUCCGAAGCCAACUCCUUGCUAAGUUACAAGAUGCCACCAUACCACACAACUGAUUACUACUACCGCAGUAGGAGUCGAGGGACUACCUGCUACUUCGGGCCCCCUCAGGUAGUUGAAAGACACAGCCAGCACCCGGGAGGUGCACCGGCAGACUGGCUUGCACGGCGUCAGCGGACGGCAGGAAAUAGAAUGCUCAGCAACAUGUAUUGUAAUCAAAGAUCUGCA